UACUCACUGGCCCCCACACAUUUUCCAAUAUAACGUGGCCUCAACACAACAAACGUAACCCUCCCAAGCAUGUUAUUUUUCCUAUAUAAAUAAACCCCCCAAACCCCAUGGGAUUCUCACACUCUUAACCACAACAACAACAACAUCAUCAUCAUCAAUAACAACAACAACCCUGUUCUCACAACAACUCUGUUUUCGUCCUACUUUGCUUCAAUAUCUAAAUGGACAACCUUGCAAAAUGCAAAGCAAACUACACCACACUCACCCCUUUAACUUUUCUCAUGAGAGCAGCUUCAUGCUACUCAAACCGUACCUCAAUCAUCCAUGAUGGAACCCGUUUCACUUGGUCACAAACUCAUCAUCGUUGCCUUCGCCUUGCUUCCUCUCUCCGUUCCCUCAAUAUUGCUAAGAAUGAUGUUGUUUCAGUGCUGGCACCUAACAUUCCAGCAAUGUAUGAGAUGCAUUUUGCAGUGCCUAUGGCUGGUGCUGUGCUCAACACCAUUAACACCCGUUUGGAUGCUAAGAACAUAGCCACCAUUCUUAGGCACUCUGAAGCCAAAGUCUUCUUUGUGGACUAUGAGUAUGUCUCCAAGGCAAGAGAUGCUCUAAGGAUGCUCAUCGGAGAUAAUCUUCAAAAGGGUGGAAAACCAACAGAACAGUACUAUAAAUCUCUACCACUAGUCAUUGUCAUAGAUGACAUAAACUCUCCCACUGGAAUCCGGCUAGGUGAGCUGGAAUAUGAGCAAAUGGUUCACCAUGGUAAUCCAAAUUAUGUUCCUGAGGAAAUCCAAGAUGAAUGGGCCCCAAUUGCUUUGAAUUACACAUCAGGUACAACUUCAGAACCCAAAGGAGUUGUUUAUAGCCACAGAGGAGCAUACCUCAGUACUUUGAGCCUAAUACUUGGAUGGGAAAUGGGAAGUGAACCAGUUUACCUUUGGACACUUCCUAUGUUCCAUUGCAAUGGUUGGACCUUCACUUGGGGAGUUGCUGCAAGAGGUGGUACCAAUGUUUGCCUUAGGAACACUGCAGCAUGUGACAUAUACAGGAACAUAGCUUUCCAUAAUGUGACACACAUGUGUUGCGCACCAAUUGUGUUCAACAUCAUUUUAGAAGCCAAGCCAAGUGAGAGGUGCUUGAUCAAAUCCCCGGUUCAAAUACUCACUGGUGGAGCACCACCACCUGCAUCACUUCUUGAGAAAAUCGAGUCACUUGGUUUCCAUGUCACACAUGCAUAUGGUCUCACUGAGGCAACAGGACCAGCACUUGUGUGUGAGUGGCAACAGAAGUGGAACCAGCUUCCUAAGCAAGAACAAGCACAGCUGAAAGCACGUCAAGGUGUUAGUGUGUUGACUCUUGCUGAUGUUGAUGUGAAGAACCUUGACACAAUGGAAAGUGUGCCAAGAGAUGGAAAGACAAUGGGGGAGAUUGUGUUGAAAGGAAGUGGUAUCAUGAUGGGGUACUACAAAAACCCUGAAGAAACAUCAAAAGUUUUCAACAAUGGUUGGUUUAGUACUGGGGAUGUUGGGGUUAUACACCCAGAUGGUUAUUUGGAAAUCAAGGAUAGGUCCAAAGAUGUGAUCAUUUCAGGAGGAGAAAACAUAAGCAGUGUAGAAGUUGAAUCUGUUCUGUAUAGGCACCCAAGUGUGUUGGAGGCUGCAGUGGUUGCAAUGCCACAUCCAAGGUGGGGUGAAAGCCCUUGUGCUUUUGUGUCAUUGAAAAAGAACAACUCAUCAGGAACAGCAAAAGAUGUUACCGAGUCAGAUAUAAUUGCCUAUUGCAGGAAGAACAUGUCACCCUUUAUGGUUCCUAAGAUGGUGAAGUUUAUGGAGGAGCUGCCAAAGACUUCAACUGGGAAGAUUCAGAAGUUUGAAUUAAGAGUGAAGGCAAAAGCAUUCGUGGUAUCUGAGAAUCUGCAAUCCAAAAACAAGAAGUCUAGCCAAGUCAAUCAUAAUAUUGGUGGUUAUAGUAAUGAGCAGGUUUUGGCUGUGUCUCGUCUUUGAAGUUUGAAGUCUUUGUUUAUUUCAAAAUGACAAAAAAGAAAGAAUAGUGUGUGUAAAUAAUGAGAAAUUGGCUAUUUGCUUAUUUAAUUAGUUUAAACUUUACGAACUCCAAAGGCAUUAGUUUCAAGUUUGAACUUGUUUUGUAGCAGAGUGCCAAAAUAUAAAUAACUUUUCCACCUUCUUGUUUCCUCUUUUGU